ACGAAGACGCUUUCGCGGCGCUCACUGACGUUUGGGCGUUCGAGCCGGGCAAACCGACCGUGUCCCACAGCUAGUGCGCGGGAUCCGUUUGCGUUUCGUUGGCUGAAGAAGUACGCGUAAAGUUUUCCAACGGCGGUAUUUGUUCUCCGACCAGCUGUUCCGUGUCAUUCUCUAACCAGUGAAACAGGUGAACGGUGUGUUACGUUUGCUCGAAUGGUUUGCACGGGAGUUGGUUUGUACCGAUGACGACGCGGCUUUGGUAGCUCAAAGGUAUGCAAAUCGUGCGUGCGUUACAGGUGUUACCGGUGUUACGGGUGACGUUUGAAACAAUUUUGAAAAAUAUGUGAACACACUUGCUAAGCCCAUUAAACUGCCGCCCAUCUUCCGAUGCGUGACAGGUCCUUAUCGGUUGAAUUAUCCUCCCGAAAACAGUGACGGCUCGCAGACUUCUCACCAGCAAAGAAACAUAAAUUGUCGAGCUUAAAAAGUUUUCAUCCCGCUUUCAAGCCUCGGUGCCGGAUGGAAGGUCAGGAAGUCGCGUGCCUAAAGGACGAUCGCGUGCCCUUUAGCCAGCACCAUCGGGGGGCGGCAAAUUAGCGCCGAAAGUUCGGAAGUUCAUAAAUUACCGGCACGGAUUUCUGCGGCAAGUGCAGCUGGAUACGCGUGGUGUGAAUUUGACGAGUGCUUAGCUUAGCAAGCUCCUCUAGUCUGAAAAAAAAGUUGUGUGUUAAAAGUUCGGCCAAGUACUUCGGAGUGUUUGUGUAUGUGUUUAGCGUGUGACGAGAGCUGUAAGUGGUGGUGGUGGUGAUGAUGACGUGUUUAAUCAUUCUGUGAGAAGUUGUGCUGUUGUUGAUUGUGUACUUCACACUUCCAAAGUUCUUCCGAUGCUGGUGAACCUGCACCGUGUAGUGAAAGUUGGUGUAAACGUUUCCAAAAGAUCACUUUGUCCCAUCGUUCGUACAAAACGGCGCUGUCACGACGUAUCAUAACACCUCCGUCGCACAUCGCACACGUGUAGAGCUUUCGUCGGAAAUGGUGACCGGUAAUACGGACCCGUGCCCGGAACCAUGCUGCCAAUUCUUACCUGGGCCUACCUUCGCCAUCUUGCCGUCCAGUACCAUGCGGAACCACAGGAUCCGUUCGGUAGUGUACAGCGUGCGACACCUUCCCUCGGCACGGACCACACACUGCACGGGUACGGUUGCAGUCCCAUGUCUCCGGCACCAGCUCCCAUCAGCAGCGAUUCGAAUAAGAGCCACGGAUUUACUACACACUUAGAUCGUGCCAUUGGUUUACCAUACGCUCCACCCGAUUGUCAGCGAAGGUUAGACGACGGUCGGUGGAUCGGUAAAGACGAUACGAACGGCACGUACCGACGAUCGGUGCCGUUACAACAACAGGCAAGUGAAGUGACAAACGCUAAAGCAAGCUCGCCUAGCAUGCAUUUUCGCGCCCAGCUGGACACGUUCGGCAUCUCCAGCAAUUCGCAGAUCUCCUCCGGUUUGCCGAUUCCGCUAGCGCACGGUUCAUCAUCCAUCGCCCGCGAUCCGACGGAUACGGUGCGUGGGCUCCCGGCGAGCGUCGGCACCGGACUCGGAUCGGUAGGAUCGUUCGUUGCCAUGAACGAUGUCAUUGGCAUGAACAUUACGCCGGCCCUAUCGCAGGUUCUCCUAGCGCCUCCCGCAACCAGUGCCGGUUCCGGUGCGUCCAUCAUUGCGGCCGUGAACGGUGUCGCCGAUGACAACGGGACGCGCAGCGAGGAAAUAAAUUCCUUUUACUUUUAUGAGACUGAACAGUUCGCGUUUCUGUGGGUGCUAUUUACCGUGAUCGUGCUGGGCAAUUCGGCCGUGCUGGUAACGCUGAUGCUUAACCGUACGCGCAAAUCGCGAAUGAAUUUCUUCAUCAAGCAGCUCGCCAUCGCCGAUCUCUGCGUCGGGUUGCUAAGCGUACUGACCGACAUCAUCUGGCGCAUCACGGUGGUGUGGCGUGCCGGGAAUGCCGCCUGUAAAGCGAUCCGCUUCGUGCAGGUUUGCGUAACGUACGCGUCCACGUACGUGCUGGUGGCGCUCAGCAUUGACCGUUACGAUGCCAUCACACACCCGAUGAACUUUUCCGGAUGCUGGAGCCGUGCACGGAAGCUGGUGGCCGCGGCCUGGAGCUUCAGCAUCCUGUUCUCCCUCCCGAUAACGUACUUCUACGAGGAGCGACUAAUACAGGGUAAAAUGCAGUGCUGGAUUGAUCUGGUUGAGGCGUGGCGAUGGCAGCUGUACAUGUGCUGGGUAUCGGGUUCACUGUUCGUCAUACCGGCGCUCAUCAUUUCUGCCUGUUACGCCAUCAUCGUACGGACGAUCUGGGCAAAGGGUACCAUCCUCGGGCCGAUUGAUCGUACGCACAAUGGAAUGGCGGACCUAGCAACACGGCGGGCCAGCUCACGAGGCAUCAUCCCCAGAGCAAAGGUGAAGACGGUCAAGAUGACGAUUGUCAUAGUGAUCGUGUUUGUGCUCUGCUGGUCACCGUACAUCAUCUUCGAUCUGUUGCAGGUGUUUGGACAGAUACCGCCAACGCAAACCAAUGUGGCGAUUGCCACCUUCAUCCAAAGUCUAGCGCCGCUCAACUCGGCGGCCAAUCCACUCAUAUACUGUCUCUUCUCGACCCAGGUGUGCCGUAUGAUCAAGAGACUGCCACCAUUCCGCUGGCUGUGGUCGACCAAGUGGUGCUGCAAACCGCACGAUUCCGGCACACUGCCGCUCGGCAAUGGGACAACCGUGAACGGGGCGGCACACGGCCGCUUCCACAACCACAACAGUAGCGAUUCGAUGCGAACGCUCACCACAUCGCUGACCGUGUCGCGUCGGUCCUGCUUGCGGCCGGCCCGGGUUGUCAUCGUAGAACGCCCAAAGACGGAACUGGCUAUGUCGGAGGUGUAGACGGACGGCGUGUACUUUGUUGGAAAGCUUUGCUGAUUGAAACCGACUGGCACCGGAACGCAUCCUGUGAUGCAUGGGAGGAGGAUGUACAAAAAGAGACUUAAAUAGACACAAAAUAAGUACAUUAAGCGUAUAGAAUGGAAAGGAAGGAGAUUCCUUAGAAGCGUCUGACGGUGGCAAAACUGAAACAAAAGCACAUCAUCCAUUCAAGAAAUGAUUACACUUGCUUUGCUGUUGUAAUGUGUUUAAUACACCACAAAACGUCGUAAAAGGCAAUGGCUGUCCGUUGCUGAAAAUAGGGGUUCCCAUUUUUGGUUCUCAAUAGAGGCAAAACGAAAUCUCAGAACAAUGUUUCAUAAUUUAUCUGUAGAAAAACAAACAGGAUAUGCAGGAAAUUGAAAGAUUCUAGCAUGAACUGUAGAAAAACAGGGAUAAAAAUAGACAGCGAACAGAAUAAUCCCAAGCUUGACACGUUUUUCCGAUAGAAGAGAAGAAUCUGACGUCAAAAUAUUAUUUUUGUCGCCCGUAUUGCAUAACUUUAGGCGUUUUACGUUGCAUAAUGCAUUGGGAGGUGAAAAAAAAUAAUUCAGUCACUCGCAUUGCAUAAUUUAAGGCGUUUUAUGAUGCAAAAUGCAUUCGGCGGUGAAUUUAAUUUAUAAAAACCAACAAAAAAUGCCUUUUGCAUCAUAUUAUAACGUCCUGGGUGCGUGUUUGCUUUCCACAUACUCAACACCGGUCAACGGUAAUGCCUACUAAGCGGUUCCAUUAAUACAGGCCCGUAUCUCACACAAAUGAAAACGAUUAGACAAGCUCACUGAAUAUGGUGUGGGAUUCGUUUGCCACCCGUCGCUCAAGUAAAGUAAGAGAGAGAGCCCCCGGGAAUCAAAACCCGGCCCAAUCCGUCUCCGAAUGUGGUUAGGACCUUUGUGGUAUAAGGCGGUGCCCCAAGAACGUAGAUUUAUGUACGCCUAUUAUCGUCCGUAAGUGUGUCCUUUUUGUGGUUGUAUGGAUGCGUGUGUCUGUGUGUGUGCGUGUUUGUUAUCGUGGGUGAGUGAAUGUUAUGUAAAUGUUAUCCUCUCCGAUCUGUCAGACCCCAAUUCCGGUGUAUCCGGUGAUUAGAGAGAGAGAGAGGAAGAGUAGACAAGACGCCCGGCUAGGGAAAUCUUGCCCAAAAUAAACUAAAGACGUGUAAUACUACCGAGAAGAAAACAGCGGUGCAAUGAAAAGAAAAUGGAGAAAAAUGUAUCACCCCAGCAGGGUGUGCGAGCGCCUUUUUGGGGGACGUACGGCCUACGGUUUUGGAUGGGUUUCUGCCCUUGCGGGUGAAGCCGUCACAGGGGAAUGAUGUUGGUGGAUCGAGUUGCAUGUAAAUAGCUUUCAAGUGUCAUCCCAACCAACCACAGCCGUAAAGUCCUCAUCGAUGUUGUCUGAGAUCGGAUAAGCAAACAGAGCUGAAUCGGAAUCAAACUAACCUAAAGCCCUGCCUACCCCAACACAACGCACUAAACCAUUUUUUGGAGUUUAAAGCAAAUAUAAGUGUAGGGAAUGGAUCGGU